CACCAUCACUCCGGUGAGAGGAAUCACGAGCGGGGCCCAGGUGUCUUGUGUUUGCUCACCAAGGCGCAUUCUCAAUGAAAACUGAAAACAGACAUUAAAACCAACUGCCCCCUCCCCUCACAGGCCCGUGCACAGGGGUGGGUGCGAGUGAUUCGGGCAACUUAGUUCAAUGCAGCGGGUCUAACGGCUCAGGUCCAUCACAGUGCUGCAGGACCUGGCGGAACUCGGAGCUCAAGUCACCCAGCAGCAAGGGGCUUCGCUAGGAAACCCGCCCCAUCUUCCCCGCCUCCAGGACCUCCGCAACAACACCGAGUGGCUAGCGGCCCACGGAGAAACGACCCAGAAGCCAAUCUUCGCCGGGCCGGGGACACCGAGCGCGCAUGCAAAAGGCCUGCCCCCCAGAGGACUUCUGUCUGCAGCCCCCGCUCCUCUCUCAGGCUCUCUCAGAGCAUGCUGCCUGCGGCCAUGAAGAGCCUCGGCCUGGCACUGCUGGCCUUGCUGCUGUGCCCCUCGCCGGCCCAUGGCCUGUGGUGCCAGGACUGCACCCUGGCCAAUUCCAGCCAUUGCGCCCCGAAGCAGUGCCAACCGACCGACACCGUUUGUGCCAGCGUGCGGAUUACCGACCCCAGCAGCAGUAAGCCCGGACCUGGCAGGAAGGAUCAUUCUGUGAACAAGAUGUGCGCGUCCUCCUGCGACUUCGUUAAGCGGCACUUUUUCUCAGAUUAUCUGAUGGGGUUCAUUAACUCUGGGAUCUUAAAAGUCGACGUGGACUGCUGCGAGAAAGAUCUGUGCAACGGGGCGUCAGCAGUGGGACGCAGCCCCUGGGCCCUGGCUGGGGGGCUCCUGCUCAGCCUGGGGCCUGCUCUUCUCUGGGCUCAGCCCUGAGGCCCCUCCCUCCCUCCUGCAGGGCCUUGGAGCUUGUCCCCUGAGCCCGUUGCUGCCCCGUCCCCAGCCUGGCCUGGCUAGGGUUGGGACCGCAAGAGCUUGGCAUCAAGGUCUGUGGCUCUCAACCUCCCUAGAUGUGAGCCUUCUCCGUUUCCCCACUAGCUCCAUAUCCCAGGCAGCUGGACAUCUCCAGGAGACCAGACAUCCUGGCAGGAAGCUGGGGUGGGGGGAGGGGGAGGGCAGGGGACAGGGACCCUCCAGGUCCCCAAGGGGAGGGAAACCAAGCCAGGGACAGCCCAACAGCCUGGCCUGAGGGGCAUUAACUACAGAGAAAUAAAGUCACUUCUGAGUCUUGUGCCUGGA